AUGCCAAAGGAGCAUAUAUGUCCAGAGCCUGGCUGUGGGAAGAGCUUCCUCCGACCCGAACAUUUGUCUCGCCAUUGUCUGAACCACCGCCCCAAGCAGAUCUACCAUUGUUCGUCAUGUCCCAAGAGGUUUGUCCGUAAGGACCUCUUGAGGCGCCACGAGAAACGCCAUGAGAAGGGCAUGUGGUUCCGCAAUUCGGGGGGGAUGGUGGUCGUCGGUAUAGCGGGUGAGUCAGUGCAAUUUUCGCGCCAUCACGGGCAUUAUCAGGGGGAGGAGUCGUCUACAGCGACGAUGACGAGGAAGACGGCCAUAUAUAGUGUUGACGACGACGACAAUGUUGGACGACAACAUCAGGACGAGCCAGCCGAGAAUAGCGAGAACGAGCCACGGAGUCAGCAUAUGCAUAGGGAGGGCAGUGUAGACAAGCAGCAGCCCGUCAGACUCCCGGAGGCUGCUGCUGUCGCUCGCCGGCCAGACGUGGAGGAGGAGUUGUACGGCACCAUGACCGCCGCGGUGGUCACUGGAGGAGGGGGAGGAGGCACUCGCAAUAACGUCACUUCGUUGUUCUUUGAUUCGGCUUGCCUACCGGAUUCGUUGCGGGACUUUGAAUGGCUGUUUGACAACGUGUCGGCGGACUUCGGCGCUGCGUCCGAGGGAGCCAGCAAUAUCAAUAAUAGCAAUACCUCGGGAAUCUCGCGCGAGCGGAGCAUGUCGACGACUACUGUCGAUCUGUCGCCCUCUUCGUUUUCGAUGCAGACGUCACAGAUCCGCUCGCCGCCGCUGAUGGAUUCAUCGUCGUAUUUUGCGCCGUGGGUGACGGUGCAGGGCCGGUUGCUUGAGGCCCUCCGCAUACUGCCUCCGGAGAUCCUCGUCUCGUCCUUCUUCUACCCGGCCAAUUUGGCCCGGUUCUUCGAAUUGUACUUUGAGAACUAUCAUCAUCAUUUUCCGAUUCUGCACAAGCCCACUCUAGAUCCGACCAAGGCGCCUCCUUUGCUGAUUACUGCGAUCAUCACGUUGGGAUCUACGCUAUCAAGUGAUGCUGGUCAUUUUGAGAUGGCGACCAAGAUCCAUGAUUCCCUGCGGUACAUCGUUUUCAAUACUGCCGAUUUCGAGCCUCCGGCUUCAUUGUGGUGUAUCCAAACUCUUCUUCUCAUUCAAGCACAUGAGAAUUUGUUUUCGACGAGAAAGCAUAGCCAACUGGCACACAUAUUUCAUGGAGCUAUUAUUACGCUUAUGAAGCGGGGCGUUUCCUAUUCGAAUCGAGAGGUGACCAACCUAGAAGAUUCAUGGUAUCAGUGGAUCGAGUCCCAAUCAUGCAAUCGAACUGCCUUCUUUGGGUUCAUUAUGGAUGCGCAACAGAGCUUCAUGUUCGGACUCCCGUGCAUCCUCUCGGUGCAGGAUCUGCGUCUCCCACUACCGUGUCACGAUAGCCUGUGGGAAAGCGGCAAUGCAGAGGAAUGGAGUUGCAUGAUGCGCAAGACUUCUGAGUCUCCUGGGUUCCUACCAGUCCUGAAAAUGCUUCUGGCUCGCAACCCGAUACCGCCUCGGUGCAGCGCGUAUGCCCGGCUGAUUUUGCUGCAUGGACUUUUCAGCGUGACUGCAUCGCUGAAGGCGAGAGAUUCCGUAAGUCUCAGAGUCAGCCGCAUGCCUGUGGGCAGGCCUCCUGUCCAUAACCCCCCCUCAGAAACGUGGAUGUGGGGGGAUAAGAUGGAGAGAGCGAUGGACACAUGGGCGUUCUGUCUUGUAUCGCGUAGUUCGUCGCUGGCACUGGAGGCGUCGAAACCACUCCACCGCAUGGCGUACGUUGCCAUCUACACCGACAUCACGGACAUGCAUGUCCUGGCUGGCACGCCCUCGCUGCCUGGGAGUUUCCUUUCUGAAGCAGAUGUUGCCGGGGCCACCACACGGGUGCGCGCGUGGAGCAAGAAACCCGAAGCCAGACGGGCUCUCUACCACUGCCUUCUACUAAUCCAGGAAGUUCUCUUCACAGGGACGCAUUACCGAGCAUCAUAUGACAGCAUCUCUCUCCGGCCCUGGUCGCUGUACCGUGCCACCCUCGUUCUCUGGGCGUACGGAUACAUGUAUUCUUUUUCUCCUUCUUCUUCUUCCCGAGAAAUCCGACUACCGGACCGUCCAGUCCCAUACAGCGCAGAAGAGUAUCUGAUUCGCAUGCUGAUGCUGCUUCGUAAUGAGACGGAGGAUAUCUCGAGUGUGGCGACACAGACCGAGCAAUUGUUGCAGGCCGUCCGCGAGAGUUUGGAGGGCUGCCGAUGGGAGUUACUCCAGGAAGCGUACGAUACACUCGGCCGACUUAUGAAUAGUAGUAUAUAG